AUGAGCAGCUGUGAAAUCUAUGUUCAUCCAGGCAAUCUAUGUUCUCUUCAUCCAACUUUCCAAUUGAAGGCUACAGUCUUGGCUAUGCAAUUGUUGGUGGAUAAUGUGGUGUGGAAGAAAGUUGUAUAUGCAGACCGAUUUCUGCAGCUGUUCAAAUAUGUUCCUCGUGAGCAACUGACAAUCCCGGACUUUGUUUUCCAGCAUGAUCUUCAAGUUAACGGAGGAAAAGGUCUAAUCGUUGACCCAAGAACCAAAUACGUCUAUCAACGACCAUGA